AUGGGCGACCCCAAGAAAUCAGAUCGGCCGACCACCCGCAAUGCUGCUGCAGGCGCACCAGCCGUCAAGUCGCCGGAUCGUACCGGUCCAAAUGCGUUGACGAUCGCAUCACCUCCUGGCUCCAGGACGCCCCCUAGUAUGCCGUCGAAGAAGACCUUAUUUUACCCGGAGCCGCAAGGCAGGCGCCAGAAUUCUCGAACUACCUCUGGGCCAAUCGAUCCAGACGCCCUUGCGAAGGCUCUGAAGGAUUUUGAGGAUGCUGGGCGUCCCCGCGAGAGAACACCGGGUACCAGUCCCAGCAGGAAGAGGCAGAGAGUGUACGGUGAUAGGUUUAUUCCCAAUCGUGAGGGCCAAGACCUUCAAGCAACGUUCAGCUUGCUUCAUGAGGACGGCUGCCCUUCGACACCGUCAAAGUCGAAAAAGCGUGCUCCACAUUCGGAGCUUCACUUUCAAAAGAGUGAGUCGCAUCUGCCUGAACUGUUUGGGAAUACUGUUCCACAGGCCGAUUUGGAUUCCCUAUCACCGGACCCGUUGUUGGGUAUGGGUAAUGGCAUUAACGACAAGACCCGCUCACAUACGCCACCUUCACAUGUAGUCUCGAACCUACCACCUGCCAGCAUAACACCAUCGACGCCCCACAAAAACCUUUUCAACUACGCUUCCCCACGUGCUGGCUCAGCUCACCCCACACCUUCAAAGACUCCGCGAAGUCAGCACGGUCCGAACCUCAAUGUCCGUUCAGAGCUCUAUAGUCUAUCACCAAUCCGCCUCGACAGCCAACGUAUUCUGGAGACGCCCCGGAAACAGCCUCGCUAUGUGAACAAGGUACCCUACAAGGUCCUUGAUGCGCCCGAUCUGCAAGAUGAUUUCUAUCUCAACUUAGUCGAUUGGGGCAGCAGCAACGUUCUUGGAGUGGGCCUAGGAAACUCGGUGUACAUGUGGAACUCCCAGACAGGCCGCGUGACGAAACUCUGUGAGCUACGAGAUGAUACAGUCACAAGUGUUAGCUGGAUACAAAGGGGAACACAUCUUUCAAUAGGCACAGGCAAGGGUCUUGUACAAAUAUGGGAUGCUGAGCGCUGUCGGCGUCUCCGUACGAUGAUUGGACAUACGAAUCGUGUAGGAGCGUUGGCUUGGAACGAUCAUAUCCUCACGUCCGGCUCUCGAGACCGACUGAUCUUCCAUCGAGACGUCCGGUCCCCGGAUCAAUACCUGCGUCGCUUAUCUGGUCAUAAGCAAGAGGUAUGUGGUCUCCGUUGGAACACAGAAGAUGGUCAAUUAGCCUCUGGCGGGAACGACAACAAACUGCUGGUCUGGGACAAGCUCAACGAAACACCGCUUUACCGCUUUUCCGACCAUACUGCGGCCGUCAAGGCAAUCACUUGGUCUCCACACCAGCAUCACCUCCUCGCAUCUGGUGGUGGUACAGCUGAUCGAACCAUCAAGUUCUGGAACACGUCGACGGGUUCCUUGAUCAAAGAAGUCGACACAGGCAGUCAGGUCUGUAAUUUGGCGUGGUCGAAGAAUUCAGAUGAGAUCAUCAGCACGCACGGCUACAGCCAGAACCAAAUCGUCAUCUGGAAGUACCCUCGUAUGGAGCAGAUUGUCUCUCUAACCGGCCAUACAUUCCGAGUACUGUACUUGGCCAUGAGUCCUGAUGGCCAAACAGUUGUCACCGGGGCUGGAGAUGAGACCCUGCGGUUCUGGAAGAUCUUCAAUAAACGACCGGGCAGAGAGCACGGGCGUGAAGGUAGCAAGCUAGCAGAAUGGGGUACCAUACGCUGA